UAAAGUAUACAAUCCACACAAAAACGUGCAUGUAUUAACGUGAUGAGUGGGACUUGAAUAAGGGCACAAGAUCUCACGUUCGAUUGUUGUUUGGGAGAAUUUUUUUCGUUUAAGUUUGGUGAAAUGGCUGAAAAAGAGUCUGAUAAGAAGGCGGUAAAUGAUGCAGACAUGUCGUCAGAUGAAGUGCGAAGUCCAAUGUACGCUGCCUUGGCAGUAGCUUUCAUCGCUGUGGUUAUCGGCCUCCCGGUCUGGUGGCUGUCAACAACUACGUAUAGAGCGAAUCUUCCUUAUCAAGAAAUACAGGAGCUGGCAACAGCACAGACAAACUGCCUCAUCCCAGUCGCAAUCGUUUCCUGCCUCAGCGAAGAAGAAAGAACAAAUCUUGACAACUUUCAAGCCGAGCUGAAUGCCUUAUUGCAGUCAGAUGAAAGAUCAAUACUGAGCAUUCAGUACACCAUCGACUGGCAAACAUGCUCCCUGCAAGAUCAAAAGAUUCUUGAAACAAGCACUUCUUUGGCAGAACUUGACCAAAGCCUCAGUGCAUCCAAAGACAUCCCGCACGGCCAGUUCACGAUCUACCUCGUUUCUCAGGGAUACAAGCUCCUCCAAUCAGCUGACAGCUUCGUAGGGACGGGGCGGGUUGCCGUAGCAACAGUUAAAGAUUCCAUUGUGGCGUCCCUGAUCCGGACAAGAUUGGUCAACGAGGGCGCUAUGACAAGAGCCUAUCUGAAUGCGGCAGGGGUACGACUUGAUAAGGCUGAUGCAGACAGUAUGAGAUCUCUGCUAUCCACGCCAGGCUAUGAACUAUCCUUCAGUCUUCUCAACCCUCAGCCAGACACGUACAACGCUCAGUGGAACAUACAGGAAGCAGUACAAGCCUACCUAAAUCCCUUCCUCCACAAGCUCUCGGAGUUUGCCGAGUUCACCGUCAAUUCCCAGGUACUGUACUUCACUGGUCUCUCCAUCAAACCCAAGCACAACGAGCCGGACGACAGCUACCAUGUAUCCCAGAAUGCGUUGCCGCUGGUCAUUAACCCAGUAGAGGCCAAACUAGGGUCCCAUGUUUCGACUAAUCCAAGUUUGAAUUUUCUUCUGUACAUCCCUCGUUCACGCCACCUACCUCUCUACAUUACUGACAACACAGGAGAGCCAGUGGUCACCAAUGCAUUCCUGAGCCCGCGCUGGGGCGGUGUCAUGAUCCAGAACGUCCCCAAACCCAGCGAGAAUGACACCUUGCCGUUAACCGUGGAGAUCGACACACGGCGAGCCAUGGAGGUCUUCCUGGCUCAGCUCAGAUUGCUGAUUGGAAUCCCGCAACAGGUUGCUCAGGACAAGAACAUCAUUUUGGCAUCACCUGAUCAAACUGGAAUUACUGAUUGGGAGUAUGACGUGCUGUUGAGAAGUAGAACAAUUGAGAACCUGGCCACGGCCAGCUCCACCCUCGUGUCUUUGGCUCAGCUGUUGAAUCAGAUCGGGAAUAUCGUCAUACGUGAUGAUAUAGCUGAUCAGGUUUACCAGGCAGUCUCAGCCAUCAAGCAGGGCCACGCCUACCUCCAGGGAGGCAACCUCUACAGAGCCUUCCAUGACAGCAAGAGGGCCAUCGCUGCAUCCGAGAAAGCUUUCUUUGAUCCGUCCCUCUUAGAACUUCUUUACUUUCCAGACGACCAAAAGUUUGCCAUCUACAUACCGUUAUUCCUACCCAUCGGCAUUCCCGUGUUGAGUUCAUUCUACAAAGCUUUGAAGUGGAUGAAAACCAAGACGAAGACUAAACAAGAUUGAACAUUAUUCUCUCAUCCUAAUAUUUGUAUAAUGAAAUUGUUAAAGAUACAUUGAAAUGUGAAGGGUUUUGUACAAACAGGGAUUAUGGCAGAAUCUACCAACGGAGCUAGGGAUAAGAUUUUGCAGAGACACUAU